GCCACCUGCCUUCCCUGAUCAUCUAGAGGGCAACUCUUACUCCUUGUGAUGUUUAUAGCUCCUGCACACAAACUUUUUAAUUUGGUCUUUAUUAACUGGCUGUGUGUGUGAGACCUUAGGCAGGGAGGUGCCCCUCUCUGGCCUGAGAGCCUCAUGAGAGUCCCUUACUUCAGGGACACCCCCAUGUGACAAAUGAUAGUACAACUAGGGGCUCCUCUAACCUGUGGAGCAGCCCAGUGGCCUUUGGAAUAUGAAAAGAUUCAAGACAGAUGGGUGAGUGGGGCUUCCUGAGCACUGGCCAGAAGAACCAAAGGACCAAAUUUAAGCCCUUCCUAUUGUCCCACCCUCCAAGUGUUCUUUUUCUUUUCUUUUUUUAAGAGACAGGGUGUUGCUAUGUUGCCCAGUCUGGCCUCCAACUCCUGAGCUCAAGUGAUCCUCCCACUUCAGUCUCCAGAAUAGCUGGGACUAUAGAAGCACACCACUGAGCCAAGCUAAUUUUUCUUUUCUUUUCUUUUCUUUUUUUUUUUUAAGAGAGACAGCAUCUCACUUUAUUGCCCUCGGUAGAGUGCCGUGGUGUCACAGCUUAUAGCAACCUCCAACUCUCUGGGCUUAGGCGAUUCUCUUGCCUCAGCCUCCCGAGUAGCUGGGAUUACAUGCGCCCGUCACAAUACCCGGCUAUUUUUUGUAGCAGUUUGGCCAGAGUUGGGUUUGAACCCUCCAUCCUCGGCAUAUGGGGCUGGCGCCCUACCCACUGAGCCACAGGUGCUGCCCAAUUUUUCUAUUUUUUUUUUUUUUUUUUUUGAGACAGUCUCAUUAUGUCACCCUUGGCAGAGUGCUAUGGUGUCACAGCUCACAGCAACCUCAACUCUUGGGCUUCAGCAAUUCUCUUGCCUCAGCCUCCCAGGUAGCUGGGACUACAGGCACCCAUCACAAUGCCCAGCUAUUUUUUGUUGCAGUUGUCAUUGGGCUGGGUUCAAACCUGCCACCCUUGGUGCAUGUGGCCGGCACUGUAACCACUGUGCUACAGACGCUGAACCAAUUUUUCUAUUUUUUGUGGAGACAGGGUCUCACUAUGUUGCUCAGGCUGGUCUCAAACCUGUGGACUCAAGUGAUCAUCCCACCUGAGACUCCUGAGUUGCUGGGACUACAGGCUUGAGCCACAGCACUUGGCUUUGAAUUUCCUGUCUUAUUUCCAAUAGGAACAUUAAUGUAGCUUUAAAUAUAUGAUCUCAGGCUUCUUCCCUAUCUCUUUUUCUCGGGAGGAAGUCUAAGACAAGAGCAUUUGCUGCAGUUGGAACUUUGCUUUUUAUGGGAGCCCAUGUGUCUGUUUGGGAUCCUAUAAGGGGGCAGGGGAACAAGAGCCUGGGAUCCCAGUCCACCCUAACUGUACUUAAGUGUCCCUGGGCUUCAGUUCUUUACCUGACCUAUUUAAUGGGAAGCUUUUUUUUUUUUUUUUUUUGUGGAGACAAAGUCUCACUUUACCGCCUUCAGUAGAAUGCCAUGAUGUCACAGGACUCACAGCAACCUCUAGCUCUUGGGCUUCAGUGAUUCUCCUGCCUCAGCCUCCCGAGCAGCUACAGGCGCCCGCCACAACGCCCGGCUAUUUUUUGGUUGCAGUUCAGCUGGGGCUGGGUUUGAACCCGCGACCCUCAGUAUAUGGGGCCAGCGCCCUACUCACUGAGCCACAGACGCCACCCUUUUUUUUUUUGAGGCAGAGUCUCACUGUCUCGCCCUUGGUAGAGUGCUGUGGCAUUGCAGCUCACAGCAAACUCAAACUCCUAGGCCCACGUGAUUCUCCUGCCUCAGCCUCCCAAGUAGCUGGGACUACAGGCGCCGGCCACAAUGCCUAGCCAUUUUUUGGUUGUACUUGUCAUUGUUGUUUGGCAGGCCUGCGCUGGGUUCGAACCCGCCAGCUCCGGUGUAUGUGGCUGGCGCCCUAGCCACUGAGCUACCAGUGCUGAGCCCAAUGGGGUCCUUUUUGUCCUGACCCUCUGAGAGGCACAAAGGGAUGGGACAGAGCCUGAUGGGAGCUCUCUGGAAUUCAAGGGAAUCAAAGACAUUCCUUGGCUAGGCUUGGUGGCUCAUGCCUAUAAUCCUGGCACUCUGGGAGGCCAAAAUGGUGGAUCAUCUGAGCUUAGGAGUUUCAAGACCACCCUGAGCAAAAUAAGACACCCCCCCACCUCAUUUAUUCUAAAAAUAGAAAAACUAGCUGGGUGUCGUGGCAGGCACCUGUAGUCGCAGCUGCUUGGUUGGCUGAGACAAGAGGUUGCUAUGAGCUGUGACACCACAGCACUCAAUCCCCAGGGCCAGUGAGUGAGGCUGUGUAAGAAAAGAAAGAAAGAAGGGAGGGAGGGGGGGAAGGAAGAGAGGGAGGAAUAGAAGGUGGGAGGAGUCCCAGCUACACGGGAGGCUGAGGCAAGAGAAUCGCUGAAGCCCAGGAGUUGGAGGUUGCUGUGAGCUGUGUGAGGCCACGGCACUCUACUGAGGGCCAUAAAGUGAGACUCUGUCUCCACAAAAAAAAAAAAAAAAAAAAGAAAGUGGGACGAAAGGAAGGAAGGAAAGAAGGAACAAAGGAAGGAGGGAAGGAAAGAAGGAAAAAAAGAGAAAGAAAGAAAGAUUCUUGGAGGGUGGGCAUGGAGGCUCACUCUGGGAGGCUGAGGUGGGUGGAUUGCCUAAGCUCACAGUUCAAGAAGAGCCUGAGCCAGAGCGAAACCUCGUCUCUAAAAAUAGCUGGGCAUUGUGGCAGGUGCCUGUAGUCCCAGCCAUUUGGGAGGCUGAGGCAAGAGAACUGAUUAAGCCCAAGAGUUUGAAAUUGCUGUGAGCUAUGAUGGAACAGCACUCUACCAAGGGUGACAUAGUAAGACUCUGUCUCAAAAAAAAAAAAAAAGGACAUUCCUGGCAGAGCAGAUAGCAUGUUCAGGGUAAAGAAGCUCAAAGUAAGGAGGUUGGGAGCCCAGGUGUUGGAGUCCACCAUUUUGUCCCUUACAUGCUGUGAUGGGGGACACACUGAUUUCUCUUUCUGGGGUCUCAGAUCUCUCCCCUGUAAAAUGGGUAGAGCUUGCUUCUUAGCUGUGCAGAGUCAAUUUCCUGUGGCUGGUUUGAAGGCAUCUUGUGAGGUUAAGCUCCCACUUCUCCUUCUCACCUGCCUGCAAAGCUCGUCUGCCACUUUUGCCUUCCUAGAAAACUCUUAUUCAUCUCUCAAAACCCUAGCUAUCAGAUCCUUGUAGCCUCCCCUGGUACACCCUGAUCACUAUCACAGCCCUGUCCUUUCCUCCACUCCAACUCUGACUCUGGGACUGGGGGAGUGUCUGUGUGUAGCUCUGUCUCCCUUGAUGGGGAGGCUCCUUGGGGGCUGGGCUGAGGCCUCAGCUCAGGGUGAGCACAAAGGAGGCUCUGGGAGUAUUUGUUGGGUAAAUAAAGGAACUCAGUGGAAAGAUGAACUUGGGGUGAUGGGGAGCCUCAUAGGGUAUGUGAGCUGGAUGGGAUGUGGUUAGGGCUAGGGUUAGAGACCUCUUAGGGGUCAUUGUGGGGGCCUUGGGGCAGGCUGGGGAGGAAGGACAGCUGUGUGGAGCCUUGGCUGGGUCCCUGAGGACAGACUGCCUCCCUCCCAGCUCCAGCUGCUGGCCUUGGCUCCAUCCUGGGGGAGCUGAUAUGGGAUGUUGGUGGGUGGAAUGAACGGGCUGUUCUGAGAAAUCGGAGGACAAGGCCAAGCUCCAGGAGGGGACCCACAUUACUGGGACCCAGGCCAGCUCCCACGCCACACCCAUGUGUACCUCAGAACUGCUGGAAAGAUAUGAAGAGAGAGACAAACAGACAGAGGGAAGCUGAGAGAGAUGAAGGCUGAGGGAAACUCAGACAUAGAGACAGAGAGCUCUGUUCCUAUUUCCUUAGCCCCAGAAAGGUCUCUGAUUUGGCGGAAAGUGGGAAGGGGCUGCUCUGGGGUCCAUGCCAGGUUUCUCCUGCUUUGGGUGAGGUAUCCUCCCCUCUCACAGCCUCAGUUUCCCUCCUUGGUAAAAUGGAGUAGUAAGGUCCCCUAGGACAACUGAGCUGGCACUAGGCAAGUGCUAAGCAAACAAGUCCUGCUCUGUUCUGUGCCCUCUAGCCUCUGCCCAGCAUGGGGUACCCUGGUGUUAGGGAGGCAGAUACAUGAGGUGCCUCCAGCCCUAGGUGUCAGGCACCUUUGCUCUGCUCAGCUCCCUGUGACUUUGGGCAUCUGGGGUUCCCUCUCUGAGCCUGUUCCCUUGUUUUAUUUAUCUAUUAUUUUGGAGACAGAGUCUCACUGUGUUGCUCAGGCUAGAGUGCUGUGGUGUCACCAUAACUCACAGCAACCUCAAACUCCUGGGCCUCAGACUCCCAAGUAGCUGAGACUACAGGAGCCCACCAUAACACCUGGCUAAUUUUUAUAUUUUUAGUAGAGAUGGGGUCUUGCUCUUGCUCAGGCUAGUCUCAAACUCCUGAGUUCAAGCAAUUCACCUAUCUCAGCCUUCCAGAGAGCUGGGAGUACAGGCGUCACCAACUGCACCCAGCCAUUUCCUUAUUUGUGCAGCAAUAGGGACCAGUUUUGAAGAUGUCCACUCCCUUCCACAGAUGCAAGAUCAUUAUUUUUUCAAUUUAUCUAUUUCACCACCCUUCUUUUCUUUCCCUUCCCUUCCGUCCUCUCUCUUCCCCCCCUCCUGUUUUUUUUCUGAGAUAGAGUCUUACUCUGGCACCUUGGGUAGAGUGCCCUGGUGUCUACCUCAAACUCUUGGGCUCAAGUAACCCUCAGGCCCCAGCUUCCUGAGUAGCUGAGACUUCAGGUGCCUGCCACAAUGCCCGGCUAAUAGUAGAGAUGGUGUCUCACUCUUGCUCAGGCUGGUCUCUAACUCCUGAGCUCAAGCAAUCCACCUGCCUCGGCCUCCCAGAGUGCUAGAGUUACAGGUGUGAAUUACACUCUGUUCCUAUUUCACCUUUUUAAAACUGUGAACAAUAAAUGAACAAAACCAAAUAAAGACUCCUCGCCAGCCCAGUUCAGCCAAGGCCCUGGCCCUGGGAAAGGAGCCCUUUCACUGACCCCACCCUUGACUGUUCCCCUUCCCCCCUACCCAAUGCGGUCCUGAGGAAUGCUCUGUCCCCAUUCCAAGGCCCCCAGCUGGGGCAGCCUAGGCGCCUAUAAGAGGGGUCCCCGCCCUGGCUAGGCGCUUCCUACCACCAUGGACCCCCGUCUGUCCGUCUGGGCGCUGGUGCUGCUGGGUCCUGCCCUAGUUUUCGCGCUGCACCCUACUCUUUCUCUGGAGCCUCGGGAGAAGUUGUGUGGCCACCACUUCGUGCGUGCACUGGUGCGCCUGUGUGGUGGCCCGCGCUGGUCCCCCGAGGUGGGGAGAUCCUCAGCUGGUGGUGACCGUGAACUGCUACAGUGGUUGGAGAGACCACAUCUGCUCCAUGGGUUGGUGGCUGAGCACAACCCUGCAUUGGUACCUGGUCUGCAACCCCUCCCCCAGGCCUCUCACCAUCAUCGCCACCACCGGGCAGCUCCCACCAACCCUGCACGCCGCUGCUGUCUCAGUGGUUGCACCCGACAAGACCUGAUGACUCUCUGUCCCCACUGAUUCCCCUCUUUCAGUGCAGUUUCAGGGGAGCCUAAGGGCCAGUGGGGUCUGGUCUGAGUCCACAUGGCACCAUAAAGUCUACACCUGGGAGGACAUUGUUGAUUACCUCCUGGGAUGCUGUGCUAAUCACUUACCCCAAGCCAAUAUCACCUGCUUUCUGUGGAGUCAACUGGGGAAUAAAACACACCCCAACCAGGGCUUGGAGGCUUCUCACUCUUACAGAGCAUGAGGAAAAAACUGUCCUCACCCUAGAGGGGCUCCAGACGCUCCCUGCAUCUGUAACACCCCUUCUUGCUGUCACCCUGAUAGUAAAUAAAUAACCUGAAGCAACUUUUUGCAUUUUCUCUAGAAAAAGGGACAAGCCUUGGUCAGCGCCUGUGUGGGCCUGUUCCCCAGCAGCCAUGAACAUGCCAUCACUUCUAGGAGCUUGAGGACAACUUGAGAGUCAUUGUAAUACAAAGUGGGG